AUGUCUCAAAACCGAAACCCGUCUCCCUGGCAGUCAAUUCUGGCCGGUGGGGCUGCUGGCGGCUUCGAGAGCCUCUUGACUUACCCAACAGAAUAUCUCAAAACCAGACAGCAGCUACAGGCUACAGAGACGGGGAAGCCCAUUUCUCCGGGUACGCUGCUCAUCAGGACUCUCCGGCAGCAUGGACCGGGACCCAUGUAUACCGGAAGCGCGGCGUUCUGCAUCUCCAACGCGGGUAAGUCCGGGGUACGUUUCUUCGCAUUCGACACAGCACGACAAUACGUCACCAAGGACUCCUCCGGAAAGGCCACAGCAUGGGGUAACAUGCUCGCCGGAAUGGUCGCGGGGGUCGCGGAGAGCGUCCUGGUGGUGACUCCGGGCGAGACACUCAAGACCAAAAUCAUCGACGACCAGGCCGGAGCAAAGCGCUACACAUCGGCGACCCAUGCAGUCCGAUCCGUGCUAUCGACCGAGGGCAUUUCGGGCCUCUACCGGGGGGUAGUCCCGGUUACGCUGAAACAGUCCGCCAAUGCCAUGGUGCGCUUCACGAGCUACAACUUCUUCCUUGGGCAGCUCCGCGCGCUGUCCGGGCAGGAUAAGCCCAUCGCCGGCGCAACUGUUAUUGCUGGGGGGCUGGCGGGUGUUGUCACUGUUUAUGCCACUAUGCCUUUUGACACCAUCAAGACACGGCUACAAGCUCUUGACGGUCGGCAAAGGUACUCGGGAACUUUCGACUGCUUGCGCUCCAUCGUAUCCCGUGAAGGCGUUGCCGUUCUAUGGCGUGGCACAACUCCUCGCCUAGCUCGACUAAGUAUUUCCGGUGCCAUAAGCUUCACUAUCUAUGAAAGCGUCAUUCAAUGGACUUGGUCUUUGCGUGAUUAGGUGAAAUAUUAUAUACAUCAUCGAAUAUAUAUAUAUUAGAUUCAAGGUGGGGUGCGCAAGAGCCCCGCUGUUUGUUUUACUAAAUAAAUAUAUACACCAUAAAAUACAAUGAUAUACCAAAGUGUCCGGAAGACUGAAUAUAAAGUCGAGGACGAGCCAGCCUGUAAGAGUGAUCCUCAUCGAAGACUGAUUCAACGGGCCGGGGCAUAACGCGCUAGUCGAGAAUGGGUUAGACCACUCAAUUGACAAGCGUCUUGACCAAUAGCACCACGCUUAAGCUUGCCUUUGAGUGGGACAGUUUAUGCC